AUGCUCGACGCGUCGCUGCACGUGCACUUCCCUUCCAACAUCCAAUCCGUCACCAACUUGCAGGCGCAGCCGAGCGAGGCUGUGUUUGCGGUGGCAGAAGUGGCAGAGGCGGUCUACGGCACGUCGCUCGUGCGAGAGAGGCUGCCUAAUGCAAGCCGCACACUGGAGACGAAGGGAGUGCCUGAGGACUCCCAACUGAUGGCAACGGUGGCGUGGCCGUCGAACAAGCCGCCAGCGAUGCAGCCAGUUGUCACCUUCGAUCAGCUCUUUACGUGGGUGGUCAACUCGAUGCGCAAGGCGCACCUACCGACGGACAAGGAGGUGGUCCUCUCUCUCGCGGAGCACUCGGCGCUGCGCGUCAAGUCGCAUCCGUUUGAGCAGUUUGCUCACCUGCUGCUCGUGGAGGUGUAUGUAGGCAUUCAGCGAGCCGCGCGCGAGGCUGAAGCACUGGCGGAGGCGACGGUGACGAGGGCUCUUUGGCAGAUGGUGCGCGCGCCUCAGCGACACGCUCGCGGCUGCACCUCACCCCGCCUGCCGGCGUGACGGUGCACCCGGCGGCGUCGCGGGCUUGGGACACGGCUUGGACAGGCCGGCAAACUGCUCGUACCCUGUCCCUUGCGGUGGGGUUGCCGAGGUUGACCAUCGGGGGGACACUGCGUCGGAGAGAGGCCCCGCUCGCGCGCGCAGCGGCAGCACCCGUGCAGCUCCGCGCUUGGGGCGUUGCGAUUCGCCGGAUGGCGACGUCUAAGAGGCCGAUCUGCCGGCAAACUGGCGCCGGAAUCUCGAUCCUGGGGGUGGGAACUAUCGACGCGACCGGCACGGCCGACGAGAGCGACGAUAUUCCCGGUAGAGGACUAUCGGAAGGAACGUUCGGGGGAGAGAGCCGCCGCUCGUGUGCCCUGCGUCACGAUACCCUGGGAGGCGCCCUCCGAGAGCCCGGGGCCGCCCGGCAGGGCCGAGCUCGAAGGCGCGCGGCGGCCCCCCCAACGCCGCGAGCCCCGCCCCCACCGCCCGCCGCGCCCGCGCCAUCAGGCCGACCACGGAGAGGACUCCGCGCGGGAGAGAGGAGCGGCCCGACCACCGCCAGCCAGCGGCGACGGACGCCCCGACCCGAAGGGCUAAGAGGCCCCCACCGGCACCCGCAGCGGCAACGCGGCUGCGCACGGGAUCCGAGGGGUGAAGGCUCCGCGGCGUCGAGCCAGAGGGGCUGUCGUGCGGCUUUUUCCGCGCGGAACGCGGCCCCCGGCAGCCCGAACACGCGUGCAGCAGAGGGGUCCGGGACCACUUUUGGCGCAGUGUGGGGCGGGGGGUAGGGGGUGAGGGUGGGAACGGGGGCUCUGUCGUUUCGGUCCAGGCCCCGUACGGCCCGGCCGCGCCGUUUUUACGGCCCCCCAAAAGACCCACAGGGCGUUAAGAUCGAAAGUACACAUCGA